UGUACGCACUUAAAGAUUAAAUACACUUUGCUGUGUAAGUCAUCCCGCUAAUCCAAGAUGGCGGAAGGUCAGGAGCCUCCGAAGAAAAUUAAUCUAACUGUUAAAACACCGAAAGACAAACAAACAGUGGAAGUGGACUCUGAUGCAUCAAUAAAGGACUUUAAGGUGGUCGUAGCUAAGAAGUUCAAUGCCGAGCCUGAACAGCUUUGUUUAAUAUUCGCUGGUAAGAUAAUGAAAGAUCAUGAAACACUUAAGACACACAACAUCAAAGAUGGGUUAACGGUGCACCUCGUGAUUAAAACUACUACACGCAACGCAAGUGAACAACCAGGAACCACACCUACACCGCCGAGAACAACAGCUGCUGAUGUUAGUGCAACACCCUUUGGUUUGGGUACCUUGGGUGGCCUGGCAGGACUAGAGAGCUUAGGAAUGGGCUCAGCCAAUUUCAUGGAACUGCAGCAGAGAAUGCAACGUGAAUUACUUGGAAAUCCUGACAUGAUGCGACAAAUUCUUGAUAAUCCUCUUGUACAGAGGCUCAUGAAUGAUCCUGAGAACAUGCGAGCACUUAUUACAUCAAACCCUCAGAUGCAAGAACUCAUGGAGAGAAAUCCCGAAAUUAGCCACAUGUUGAAUAAUCCUGAUUUGCUUCGCCAGACAAUGGAGUUAGCGAGAAAUCCAUCCAUGCUUCAGGAACUAAUGCGAAAUCAUGACCGUGCUAUAUCUAAUCUUGAAUCAAUCCCAGGUGGUUAUAAUGCCCUGCAGCGGAUGUAUCGUGACAUUCAAGAGCCAAUGUUGACUGCAGCAACAGAGCAAUUUGUUCGAAAUCCAUAUUCAACAACAGGCAGUAGCAGUAACAAUAGUGAUGGAAACAACCCACAGCAAGGUCAGGAGAAUCGAGACCCGUUGCCAAAUCCAUGGUCACCACCUAGCAGUGAAACGGGAACCACAGGAACUAGAACAGGAACUACUGGGACCACAGCAGGAGGAAAUGGAAACAGACCAGCCGCAGGAGCUGAUUCUGGUCCGGCUACUCUCCUAGGCACCCCAGCAAUGCAAAGCGUCAUGCAGCAGAUGGUGGACAACCCUCAGCUUAUACAGAGUAUGCUGUCUGCACCUUAUACCCAAUCAAUGUUGCAAUCUUUUGCUGCUGACCCAAGUACUGCUGCUGCAAUCAUUAACACAAACCCAUUGUUUGCUGAAAAUCCUGCACUACAGGACCAGAUACGGCGGAUGCUACCAAACUUUCUACAGCAGUUGCAAAAUCCUGAAAUCCAUAAUCUGAUGUCAAAUCCCCAGGCAUUAAAUGCAUUGCUUCAAAUACAGCAGGGAGUAGAACAGUUACGUAAUAUUGCGCCUGGUUUUGUUAACAGUAUGGGCAUGACUGCACCUGCAACAUUGGGAGGUACUACUGCUGCCACGACGACUUCUUCUAGUGCUACUACCAGUUCACCUGCAGCAGCAACAAACACUUCAUCAGCAACAACUGCUACAUCAACACCUACAAGCACCACGACCACUACCAGCUCCAUUGCAGGAGAUACUCAGGGAGCAAACCAACAGGAUGUCUUCUCGCAGUUCAUGGCUAGAAUGUUGUCCAGCAUGUCUACACAGUCUGGAGUCGGUAACCAGCCACCGGAAGAAAGAUAUAGGGCACAGCUGGAGCAGUUGGCAGCCAUGGGAUUUGUCAAUAGGGAAGCUAAUCUCCAAGCUCUUAUUGCAACAUUUGGGGACAUAAAUGCUGCAGUUGAGAGGCUACUGCAAAGUCGUCAGAUGUCACAAAGCUAACAAUACUACAGAGGUAAUUCCAUAUUCCCUGAGUAGUACUUGCCCAGGUUUGUUUGGGUUUCCACUGUGGGGCUACUACAUUAAGAGAGAUAUUUUCAAGAGGACAGCGAAAUAAUUAAGAUAUUUGGACAGCGCAGCAUUGAAACUUGUGGAUACUAUUCACUAUUGACACAAAAAUUUGUCAUAAUUUGAACUUUACAGGAAUAAUAAUGAUGAUAAUAAAAAAAAGGAAACCAAGAAACCAGAUCACCCAACACUUAAAUUUUAGAAGUUCAUAUAAGCAUGCAACAAUAUGGCAUACUAUAGCUUCUUAAGAUUGUGUGUGUGCAUCUGUGUAUUUAUAUAAAUAAUAUAU